AGCAGUCAAUCAGAGCUCCGCUAUCGUGACCCUCUUGUCCCUGCUCUGUCAUCCGACGCGCUCUGGCUGAACGAACAGUCACAAUCGCAGAGGGUGUUGAUACCAUUCACGGCCCAAUUGACUAGCCAGUUAUUUCUCCAACACUCCCGUCCCUAUCGCGACCGAGUCAUUCCGCACAACCUAUUACUCGACCACUCUUUCUCCUGUCCUCGAUCGGGAUCAAACCCAAUUCGAAACUCUCACGUCGUCGUCGAGCGCCGCUCUCCUACCUACGAGCCUACCUACCUACUAAUACAACCGCCCAAACCAAAUCAAACCUAACCAAGCCGCUCGAGCCUACAAUUCCUCACAAUGGCGACCGAAACCUCAACCCCGACCACCCCGGCCACCGCGACUACAGCCGAAAUCACCCCCCUCCCACCCUUCUCUCCCGACCUCUACCAACGCGCCUGGGCCUCCAUCCCGCACCCCUCCCUCCCGCUUAUCGCCACCUGCCACGCUCACUCCGUCACCGUCUUCUCGCUCUCCACGCUCUCCAAACACUCCGUCCUGACCGGUGGCCACACCCGCUCAGUACGCUCGGCCGCUUGGCAACCUCCCCGCGGCAAGGUCUCUAAAGAAACAAAGAGGCUGCGGUUGGUUACCGGCAGCUUUGAUACCACGGCUGGGGUGUGGACUUGGGAUCAGGGGAGACGGGAGGAGAGGUUGGAGAGGGAGGUCAGGAUGCAAUCUGGAGAAGAUAAUAAAGAAGAGGAGGAGGAGGAGGAUGAAUGGGAACUGACCCUCGUGCUAGAAGGUCACGAGAACGAAGUCAAAAGCGUCAAUUACUCCCCCUCGGGCCAGUACCUCGCCACCUGCUCUAGAGACAAAAGCGUAUGGAUCUGGGAGGACGUGGGGAAUCCGAACCCUUCUUCUGAAGCGAAAAAAGAAGAAGAAGACGAAGACGAAGACGAAUGGGAGACGGUAGCCGUACUACAAGAGCACGACGGCGACGUCAAAGCCGUGGCCUGGUGUCCUGACGUCCCCGGCCGCAAGGGCAAGUACGCGCCGCCGAAAAGGUACGGGGAUGAUGUUUUGGCGAGCGCUAGCUACGAUAACACGGUGCGGCUGUGGAGGGAGGAUGGAGAUGGCGAGUGGGUGUGCGUUGCGGUUCUGGAAGGGCACGAGGGUACGGUGUGGGGAGUGGCGUGGGAGGGCAGGCAGAGAGAGAAGGACAAGUUCCCGAGGUUGUUGUCGUGGGGUGCGGAUGAGGUGGUUAGGGUUUGGAGUCUGAAGGAGCCGGAAGAGGAGGAACAUGAGGAGGGGGCUGCUGGAAGUGGUAACAACCCCUGGGGAUUCGGGGUGCCGAAUACCAUGCGCCGAUCCCUCAAGGAGGAAUGGGAGUGCACGGCUGUUUUGCCCAAGGUGCAUAAGGGCGAUAUUUACUCGGUGGCGUGGAGCACGGAGACGGGAUUGCUGGCCAGCGUGGGAAGUGAUAGUGUUUUGGCGCUGUAUCAGGAGACUGCCAACACCACCACCACCACCACGCCAGAGAAGACCGAGGAGGAGCAGACGAACGGCGACGCGCCAACAACAACUACUGCUGGUGGUUGGAAGGUUCUCACUACCGUCAAGAGCGCUCAUGGACCGUUCGAGAUCAACCAUAUCACUUGGUGCAAGAGGUACGAUGCGGGCUCGGAACGCAAGGGCGAGGAGGAGAUGUUGGUCACGACGGGUGAUGAUGGUGUUGUUAGGCCUUGGCAGGUUAGGAUACAAUGAGCGAGAAGGGACGUUGCGGAGGGUUGUCUGGCGUUGAGUUGAUAGUGGGAGGGCAGUCUAGGGAUAAAAGCAAUAGGCAUCUAUCAUGGUUGCUUAGGAUAGACGUAGAGAACGGCAAAGUCAGCCGGGCAGUCGGUGUUAUGAUACCCCUAUAUAAAAACGGUAUAGGAC